AUGGCUGAGAACGGAACCAUUCCCAUUCCUCAAAAGCAAAGGGCUGCCAUUUAUGAUCAGCCAGGUAAGAUAUCCACCAAAGUGGUGGAGAUUGACGUACCGGAGCCUGGUGCCGGUGAGAUUCUGAUCAAUUUAACUCACAGUGGAGUCUGCCAUUCCGAUAUGGCCGUCAUGACCAACACGUGGAAAUCUCUCCCCUAUCCUACCCAACCUGAUCAGGUUGGCGGCCACGAAGGCGUCGGCAAAAUCGUCAAACUAGGACCCGGCACAGAAUCCUCAGGCUUCAAAAUCGGUGACCGGGUAGGCAUAAAAUGGGUGUGGAGUGCAUGCCAGAACUGUCCGGCUUGUCUUGUCGGUUUAGAUGGAAGUUGCUUAAAUCAAAAAGUCAGUGGGUACUACACGCCAGGCACUUUCCAGCAAUAUGCGCUUUCGCCUGCAAAUUACGCGACAAGGAUCCCCGACGGACUGUCGUCAGCAGAUGCUGCUCCUAUGCUCUGUGCUGGAGUCACGGUCUUCGCAGCCCUAAACCGCAGUAGAGCUCUUCCUGGACAGUGGGUGGUGAUUUCUGGGGUUGGAGGCUUGGGUCAUUUGGCCUGUCAAUUGGCAAGUAGAGGAAUGGGUCUUCGAGUGAUAGCUAUUGAUCAUGGAAGCAAAGAAGCGCUUGCCCGGGACUCCGGCGCUGAGCAUUUUAUUGAUUUCACCAAACUCGACAAGGAAGGUGUUACCAAACACGUCGAGUCCCUAACGGAUGGAUUGGGUGCACACGCUGCAGUAGUCUGCACGGCAGCGAAUGCAGCUUACUCGCAGGCAAUUGAUCUUCUCCGAUUCGGCGGAACUUUGGUCUGCGUGGGUAUCCCUGAAGGUGAAUAUGUGAAUAUUGAAGGUGCGAAUCCAAGCGUCAUUACUACCAAACAACUCACCGUCACGGGGUCGGCUGUGGGGAACCGUGGUGAAGCCAUUCGAACUCUGGAAUUUGCCGAGCGAGGAAUUCUCAAGGCGCAUUAUGAGAUUGACAAGCCGGAGAAUUUGACUGAUAUUUUUGAGCGGAUGGGGCAGGGGAAGUUGCAAGGAAGGGUGGUUCUUGAUUUGGCGUGA